UAUUCAUUUAGGUACAAGGCUGUUUAUCAACUUACUUCUCUCCUGUAGUGUUUUAGUUGACAAGAGAAGUUUCUGUUUUCCAGAGAUCAGCAUAGGUUUCCAUUUAACUAGUCCAAUAUUUUAUUUUGGCUACAAAAUAUUAGAAAGGUAUUGAAAAGUAAGCAAUAUCUACAUUUAUUUGGUGUAAAGAAUGGCCAACUCAGGUUUACAGAUCCUAGGAUUUGCCUUGGCUUGCCUAGGAUGGAUUGGGUUUAUAGUUUGCACAGCUAUUCCACAGUGGAAAAUGUCCUCUUUCGCUGGAGAUGCCAUCAUCACGGCACAAGUCACAUAUGAAGGUCUCUGGAUGUCCUGUGUCAUGCAAAGCACAGGACAGAUGCAGUGCAAGACAUUUGACUCCCUGCUGAAAAUGGACAGCACAAUGCAGUCAACACGAGCCCUCAUGAUCUGUGGGAUCCUUAUAGGCUUCUUUGCUGUGUGCAUUGCAGCUGUGGGGAUGAAAUGCCUGACCUGCCUUCAAGAUGAUGAAGUUAAAAAGGCGAAGGUUGGAAUUGCAGGUGGCGCUCUCUUCGUGAUUGCUGGUCUCUGUGUCCUGAUAGCAACAGCAUGGUUUGGAAAUAGAAUUGCAAGAGAUUUCUACAACGUUCUAUCACCCGCCAAGUACGAAUUUGGACCAGCUCUAUUCAUUGGAUGGGCUGCAGCUGCUCUGGCCAUUCUGGGUGGUGCCUUGUUGUGCUGCUCGUGCCCCAGAAAAGAGACCUCCUACCCUCCAUCAAGAGGCUACAACAAGAACGCACCUCCAUCAGGAAAAGACUACGUGUAAUAAAAGUGAUGCUGAAUAUUAUCAAUAAAAUUCAGACCCAAUAAGCUUAUUUCACACUGCCAUAGUGAUCCAUUUACCCUCCGACAUUAAUUGAUUAAUUAUGAGAAAUGCACAUAGCAUAGUCCAGCACAACCUACCUUCCUUCCCACACAGAUGUCCCAUUUAACAACAAGGGAAACAGAGUUGCAACCAAUGUAAGAAUUAACUAUUGGCAAAAUGUGUAUAAGCAGUGAAUACUGAUAGUCUCUCUACUGUAAAUAGUAAUACUAAUGUAUCUUAUGGUCAUUCUCCACAACAACUUACUAAUAUUCACAAAUCAUCUGAUUAAAACUUAAAGGGAUAUUCCAGCCAAAAUUGAAAACCACAUGGGUGCAUUUUGGUAUUGAAACAAAGCAAUUUUGUAAUAUACAUGCAUUAGAAAAAAAGCUUCUAAUAAAAGCUAUUUCAAAAGUGUGUUUAAGUAUGCUCUAUGCACCAGCAUUUUAAACAUAACACUUGCUCUGAGAGCCUAAGGUGCUUGUACCAUCUUGUAAUGACUGGAUUUGUUAAUUGCUGACAUGAUACAAGCCCCACUGAUGAUCUGAUCAGCUGCAUUAAUUAAAAUGUGGCUGCAUUGAUACUAUCUAGCUUCACAUGCACGUGCAGAGAAAAAUGUUACCACUAAAACAGUGAUAAUUCUUACUAGAAGCAUUUUUGCCAAUACAUGAAUAUUGCAAAUAUGUUUCUAUUCAAAGAUGUAAUAAAUAUAUGUGCAUUUAUAUUUUGACUGGAAUGUCCCUUUAACAAAGGACAUUACCUAACAAACAUUGUGCAACAAUUAUUAGAAUCCUGAACACCAUUGUGUCAUAAAUACUGCUUACAAAUAAAGAUUUAGAAUAUCUGGGGAAUGGGUUUAUUUGCAUUUCCCAUUAUCACUGCAUGGAUCAUAUUUAUUAGGGAAGAUAAAUGUAAUGCACAUCAGCGAGCAGGCUCUGUAUAAUAACACAGAGACUUGUUAGAAUUUCUCUUUGGAGAGAAAACCUCCAGUUUAGUAAAUAUAACUACAGAGCAGUUAUUUAGCAAAUGUUCAAACAUAAGCUGUUACACUAAAAAAUAGGUAAAGAAUGAACAGAACAAAUCUUCUGUAGACUGCUGUUUUAAUACAGUUAAUAAAUAGUGUUUAUUGUAUGGAAUAAAUUGAUAUUUGCAUGCACCAAAAUAAAAUGGGCAUCAUUUACUAAGAAAGGUAUCUUGUCAGUGGUUUAUGCAGUAUUUGUAUUACAUGGCUGCAGUGCACUGCAACCCUCUCUGGCAGUAAACUUUUAACCUUUACAAAAUCUAUUGUUUUAGGUGUUAAAAAACAGGAUAAUUCUUAAAAAAAAACAAUAUUACCAAUUUAAAGGAAAAUAGUGUGUCCAAAAGGUACCCACGUCCAUACAAAUGUGGAGUAAUGUGUGAUAUUAAAAUAUAGAUAUAUGUGAGAGAUAGUCAUGAGCUUUGGACACUUUGGUAUUAAAUGCCAGCAGCAUCAUGAAAAUACCAAUCAAUGCACAAGGUGCAUGAAGGGACAAAAGUGAGCGCAUGGUACUUAUUUCCUUAUCUUUUUAGUAUUUAUUUACAGAAAUUACAUUAUCACCCUGGGAAAUGUCUCCCUAAGGGUGAUUGGGGACUCUCUGCCCAAUGUGCCCAGAGAGAUACACUGUGAAAAGCACAAUUAGGCAAAAAGACGCUGCUUCCAGGUGGUGAUUUUCCAAAUAACAAGCAGCUGAGUCAUUGAUCCUAGUUGAAAGCUUCUCAAUCUGUAAAAUGCUUAUUGACGUAUCAUCAAGGUGGUUCUAAAGCAUAAAAUUUGUAGCACAAAAGAUGACCACAAAGCUAAAUAUUAAAGGUGCAGGGGGAACUAAACUUGUGAGAUCCUCCUUAACCCUUUAAUACUCACUCAUCUGCCUAGUGUGCACUACCCCUAGAGCGGAGACACCACUGACUCAGUGGGCCAUGUGAGCGUGAGCACUUGCCAUAUAUAAAAUUUGCCUUUAAUUUGCAGUAUUUACAAACUGCAUUUUGGUUGCUUACUAAUAAUUAUUUGAUUUUCAUUCAAACAUACUAUAUUGCUCUAUAACUGAUUACACUUAGAUAAGGCAGGUGUUGUGAUAAAGAUGUCAAGCUUUUGGUGCUGCGUACAUGGCUGAAAUGCUUGUGAUAGGACAGCAAUUGAGUUGAUCUUGAAGCUAGGUAGACUGGGAUAACUGUCACACAGCACACUUAACUAUCAAUAUGUUUUUUCUUAAUUUUAAUGAAAUGUAAAACAUAGAUUUUAUGGUAAACAGAACACAUGUCCCUGGUUAGUAGAAUACAUUAACCAUCAUUAGCCUGUUUUGCCAUGUAUUACACAAGUAUUGGAUGUCGUACAGUCACUAAUGCUGGAAGGCUCACCUAUAUAUAUAUAUAUAUAUAUAUAUAUAUAUAUACACAUAUAUAUUUCACGAAAGAAGACGCAGGGGUCUAUUUAUCAAGCUCCGAAAGGAGCUUGAUGCCCCGUGUUUUUGGCGAACUAGAAACACAAGUUAUCAAGCCACGGUCUAAAGACCUCUGCUCCAUAACCUGUCCACCUGCUCUGAGGUGGCGGACAGAAAUCAACCCGAUUGAAUACAAUUGGGUUGAUUGACACCCCCUGCUAUCAGCCGAUUGGCCGCGAAUCUGCAGGGGGCAGUAUUGCACCAGCAGUUCACAAGAACUGCUGGUGCAAUGAUAAAUGCCGACAGCAUAUGCUGUUUAUCGAUGUACGGCGGAAAUGGUUUGCUAUAGCAGAUCAUGUCCGUUCGCACAAUGAUAAAUGGACCCCUUAGUGUUUCUUCAAAAACACUGUUACUUUAUUUUGUGGUGGGGCUGAAAUGUUGGAUGUAACUCACCACAAAAUAAAGUAGCAGUGAGUACAACUUACUUGUUUGGAGUGCCUAAUCCACUUGGAAAAAGUACACACACACACAUAUAUAUAUAUAUAUAUAUAUAUAUAUAUAUAUAUAUAUAUAUAUAUAUAUACUGUCCUUUCAGAAAAUUAAUACUUUCUGAACUUUUCUAACCUCUGUCUUGAAAAAAUGAAUAUUUGCCCUUGUGGGGUUUUUUUUUUUUCUAAAGAAGAUGCUUCGGUCCUUACAAAUGUUAUAAACAAUAAUACUGAAUUUCAUGGAGCAUAGGUUAACAAUGAAAACAAAAUUCUAUAUAUAGAACCAUGUAAAAACUAAGUAGUACAAAUACCUAGACAUUUAUAAGUUAGUCAGUUAAAUAGUUAUCAUUUAAAUGAUCAUAUCCCAGAUAUUCUAGUAAUAGUAUUUUGUAUGUAUUGUUUCUUAUUUUAUAUAGAUAAAAGUAAUCCUAUUUUUGUCUUCCCUUAGGACAAUGUAAAAUGAUAGGGUUUAGUAUCAUUUUUGUAUGAAUCUAGUUUGCCUGGAUUUAAUGUAAUGCAUUGUUAGUUUUGUAAACACAGAAAUAAAUAGCUUUUUUUCCAGGUUGAAAUGAAACUAAAGGAGGAUAAUUUGUAAACAUAGCUUUAAUACAAUGUAUCUUGUCUUUCUGUAUUGAAUAACUUUUUAUGGAUUUGUUUUAUAGAGUUAAUCUUUUUACAAUAAAUGAGAUUUUUACAAUAA